AUGAAGCUAUGCACCACCGCCCUCCUCGCAGCCGCGAGUCUCCUUACGACCACGCAAUGCGCACCCAACCCGAACCCGGGCCCCGCCCUCGCCGCGCGCCAAUCGUACGAAAUCUACGGCCUGUGGGCCUACGAAGGCGACUAUUACCUCAACAACCUGUACGACUGGCUGUUCAAGCUGGUCAAGCGUGACGAGAGCGAAAACGCUGGCCCAAGCGCGAUCGAAAAGUCAAAGCACAAGCGUGACGACGAGGAUCUCGAUCUCGCCCGCCUCCUCACCGCGCGCCAGACCUACGAGUACGCCAUCACCGUGGAUUCGUACGAGGCCAUCUACGAGUUCCAGCUCUGGUUGGAGGACUUUUUGUACCUGGUCCAGCAGUACGGGACGCCCAUCAAGGUCACGGAUCCGAAGUUGCCGCAGCCGAAGCCGUUGUAG